AUGUCUACUAUUUCUCCGGUCUUCUCAUCUAAACCGGGUCUCUUAACCCCUGUCCCAGCUUUCGGAACCGGGUUCACUCCAUGGGAUAUUUCAAACCUCUUCUCGGUCUUCGAUUCCCCAAUGGAUCAAAUACCGGGUUCGGUCCAUGAGUACGUAACCUCUGGUUCAAUAAACCGGACUGGUUCAGACGCUGAUCCCAUUCCCACCGCAAAUACCGAUGAGCGGAGCAAGAAGCGGAAAUUAUCAAACCGGGAAUCGGCUAAACGGUCAAGGGUGAAGAAACAAAAGCACUUGGAGGAGAUGAGUAUCCAGCUAAACCAGCUCAAUAUCGAGAACCGGGAAUUAGUGAACCAGCUUGGGUACGCUUUAUACCAUUGUCAACGAACAAAGAUGGAGAAUGAUCGUCUACGUCUAGAGCACCGUAUCCUCGAAGAGAAGUUGAUGAACAUAAGACAAAUUUUGAUGUUUCUUCAGAUCGAACAGAGCUCAAACUGUGCCAUGUGGUCUUACUCUUACGAUAACAGUACUGUUGUUACGGUCCAACAGGAUCCGUCGAGCAUAACAAAUCAUGUUAUAGUUUGA